CCCCGCCCCCCCUUGAAAAUGUUGAUUAUUUUACAGUUCCUGUCCUGUAUAAAUGAGACUGUUUUCCCAAGAAGGCAUUUAUCAGGCCUUAGAGGUCACCCUGCUGAAGUUCAGAGCAUGUUGGUUUAAUACUGUUUUUUAGUCAGUUUGGUUCUAAAGCUGAUCUGUCUCUCCAAAAGCUGGAGCCAAGUUUUCACAGAUGGCAAGCAAUUGUCUGUCCUUGCUUUUCCUCUUCACUUUGAUGUCCUCUUCUCAAGGGCAGAGGAAACCGUCACUCGCUGAGGGCAAGAACAAACCAAACAGAGAUGCUCGCUGCAGUCUUUUCGGGGAGUACCACAUCCAGACUUUCGAUGGGAACUUCUACGAGUUUCCAGGACACUGCAGCUACAAAUUGGCUGGCGACUGCUUGAAGCGCUCAUUCAGUCUUCUAGGUAACUUCCAGGAUGGAAAACGGACAAGCAUUUCUUUGUAUCUGGGAGAAUACUUUGAGGUCACUCUCUCUUUAAAAGGAGAAGCGUCUGUGAGAAAGAAAAGGGUCUUGCUGCCAUUUGCAUCCCACGGAGUGUUUAUAGGAACAGAAUCAGGUUUCUAUAUCAUAUCCAGUGAUGAACAUGGGUUCACAGUCAGGAUCGAUACAAGUGGAAGUGUGGCCAUUAUGCUGUCGAAAAAAUAUGCUAGUCGGACGUGCGGACUCUGUGGUGACUACAAUAAUUUUCCUCAAGAUGAUUACAUAAGUCAAGAAGGAUUCCUGGUGGUGAACAGUUACGAUUUUGCCAACUCUUGGGCAAUGCACGAUGUUGGGGAGCUGUGCAACAGAGUGUCUGCUCCAAGCAAAACCUGCAACAUGUCUUCUGAGGCAGUACAAAAUAACAUCAUGCAAAAGUGCAAAACGCUCAAAACAAGCAAGGUAUUCCAAAAAUGUCAUGACCAUCUAGAUCCUGAACCAUUCAUUGCAAUUUGUGAGGAUGAUACAUGCCAUUGUGCAGGAAGAAAUUGUCACUGUCAAGCAUUUAUGGAAUAUGCAAGGUCCUGUGCUCUGAAAGGUGUACUUCUCAAUGACUGGUUUACAGCAAAUGAUUGCAAGCUGAAAUGUCCAUCUGGAAUGGAGUAUGGCGUGUGUGUGCCAGCUUGUGAACAAACAUGCAGGAGUUUAAAUAUCAAUCAGUUAUGUCAUGAGCAAUGCAUGGAUGGCUGCACUUGUGGAGAUGGGAGGCUGUUGGAUGGGGACACUUGCGUUGCUUCUUCAGAGUGUUCUUGCAUGCACAUGGGUAAACAGUACCCUCCAGGUUCAAGUAUCUCCCAGGACUGCCACACCUGCAUUUGCAGCCAUGGAAAAUGGGAGUGUACCAAUGAGGAGUGUCCAGGGGAAUGUUUUGUCAUUGGGCAGUCCCACUUUAAGAGUUUCGAUGAUAAGUAUUUCACCUUCAUUGGAAUGUGCCAGUACUUACUAGCAAAGGACUGUGAAGAAAACACAUUUGCAGCUUUCAUUGAGAAAGUACAGUGUGCAGACGACCCAGAUGCUGUUUGUAUAAGAUCAGUGACACUGAAAUUCCAAGAGCUGGGCAACAUGACAAUUAAACUUAAACAUGGCGGUAGAGUUUCAGUGAACGGCAUGGACAUACAGCCACCACUAAUUCAAGGUCCCCUUCGUAUUCAGCACACUGUUCUCUCAUCAGUUCGGGUGAUUUAUGAUGAUGAUUUUCAGUUUGAUUGGGAUGGAUAUGGAAAGGUUUAUCUGAAGCUGAGUGCCAUAUACACGGGGACAACUUGUGGUCUGUGUGGAAAUUUCAAUGGAAAUCAAGGUGAUGACUUCCUCACACCAUCUGGGCUUGUUGAGACAGAGAUGGUCAAUUUUGGAAAUUCCUGGAAGGUGAAUGGUGGCUGUGCUGACCUGGAACAGAUAUAUGCUGACCCAUGCAAUUUAAAUCCAAAGAGAGUGACGUAUGCUGAAGAGGUUUGCUCUGUCCUGUUGCUAACCGAGUUUGAGCCAUGUCACCAUGAAGUAAAUCCUAUGCCAUUCCUCAAGAUCUGUCAGUAUGAUGUGUGCGCCUGCUCCAAUGGCAACGAAUGCCUGUGCUCCGCUGUUUCCAGUUAUGCUGAAAUGUGUGCCAAGAAAGGGGUGCUUAUUAACUGGAGAACCCCAGAGUUCUGUGAAAUGACUUGUCCUGAUGGUCAGAUAUAUAAACAGUGUGGCACGCCAUGUAACCAGACCUGCAGAUCACUCUCCAAUCCAGACUUGGAUUGCACUGAAUUCUGCCUUGAAGGAUGCUACUGCCCACCUGAUCAGUAUGCCAAUGAAGAUGGCAAUUGCGUGCCGAAAUCUGAAUGCUUCUGCUACUUCAAUGACGAAAUCUACAAACCUCACGAAGACAUUACAUUUGACUACACCAUCUGUUACUGUGAAAAUGGUGUGAUGCAUUGCAGUGCAAACGGUUUGGCCCAUCAUUAUCCACCAAGUAUUUUCUUGGACACAGGAGAAGUUGGCAGAGCUAAACGAGAGACAAGCUGUGACCCACCAAUGACUAAAUUUUCUUGCCCAGAAGAUGACCCUACAGCCCAAGGCACAGAGUGUCUCAAGACAUGUCAAAACUACGACUUGGAUUGUGUGAGCUCAAAAUGCACAUCAGGUUGCAUGUGUCCUCAUGGACAGGUACAAGAAGUGAACACAUGUAUUUCACCAGAAAUGUGUCCAUGUCUACACAAUGGCAAGUCAUAUGUCCCUGGAGAGACUAUCAAGCAGGACUGCAAUACCUGUAAAUGCCUCAAUCGCAAGUGGCACUGCACGAACAAGGUCUGUGCUGGAACCUGCAUUGGGGUGGGUGAGUCCCACUAUAUCACUUUUGAUGGGCUGAAGUAUACAUUCCCUGGAAAAUGUCAAUAUGUCCUGGUUCAGGAUAGUUGUGGUGGGACUGAAGGGACAUUCCGUAUAAUAGUAGAGCACUCUGGCUGUGGCUUGCCAGGAGAAGACUGUUCAAAGGACAUCACCGUUUUCUAUGAGGGAGGGGAGCUUGUGCUGUAUGGAAAAGAGGUGACUAUCAAAAACCCUAUUAAGAAUGAAGCAGAUAUGCAGAUAUUCAAAUCUGGUCUUUACUACAUAAUUAUGUUGGGCAAAAAGAUUACCGUACUCUGGGACAAGGGCACUCGAAUCUCUGUUCAACUUCAGGGCCAAUACAAAGGUAAAGUUUGUGGAUUGUGUGGUAACUUUGAUGGAAAUGCAAACAAUGAUUUAGUCGGCAGUGGUAAUCAACUUGAGAUUGAGCCCAUUGACUUUGGGAAUUCAUGGACAGUGAAACAUCUGUGUGCAGAUGCCUACCAGACACCUUCUCCAUGCAGUGGAAACAGCUUGAAGCAAACGUUAGUGGAAAAUUCAUGCGACAUCAUAAAAAGUGGCCUGUUCAGUGAAUGUGCUCAGUUGAUUGACCCUGAACCUUUCUGGGAGAUUUGUGUGUAUGAUACCUGCUCUUGUGAUUCCACUGGAGAGUGCCUGUGUCUUUGCAAUGCUAUAGCAGCCUAUGCACACGAAUGUGCAAACCUUGGCGUAUUUGUCCAAUGGAGAACAGCUAAUCUGUGCCCAAUAAGCUGUGAAGAACUGAACACUGGACAAGCAGAAUAUGUGUGUGAGUGGAGAUACAAUGUGUGUGCUCCUGCUUGUCCAAGGACUUGCCAACACCAACUUGAAGAGGAAGACUGUCCUGUGAAUUGUGUGGAGGGAUGCCAUGCAUAUUGUCCUUCAGGAACUAUACUGGAUGAAAGUUCACAAAAAUGCAUCGAUCCUGCACUUUGUCCAGUCUGUAUCUAUGAGAAUCAACGUAUUCUAGAUGGACAGACAAUCAUCAUCAACAAAGGAACAGAACACUGUCAGACCUGCUCAUGUACUGGAACUUCCUUGCAUUGCCAAGAUUGCCCUGCAGUAACAACAGAGCCAACUUUGAUCCUGCCAUCAGAAGCCCCUGAAAUAAUCCCUGGUGGAUGCCAUAGGGUAAUGGAGCUGGCUUUCCUGAUUGAUGGCAGUAUGUCAUUUUCAAAGCAGGAAUUUGAAGAAGUAAAGAAAUUUGUGCUGGCAAUGAUGGAACAGAUGCAGAUCGGCCAGUCGAACAUACGGGUUUCUGUCCUACAGUUUCAUUCACGCAUCAACAAACUGUUCGACUUGUGGGAAAAGAAGAGUGUCAGAGAACUGAAGACGUUAGUGAGAACCAUGCAAUACAUUGGCGGUUCUAAAUCAAACCUAGUUGAAGCUCUGAAGCACACAGCAGUUCUUGUAUUUGGAAAGGAUGCAAGGAAAAAGGUUCCCAGAAUUGCCAUACUUGUGACAGCCAGCACUUCAUCUAAUGGGGUUGGAAGGGUCUUACCUUUCAUCAUCAAGAGGAAAGUCACUGUGAUUACAGUUGGAAUUGGGUCACAUAUAAAUCCAAAAGAAAUAGGCUUAAUAACAUCUAAAUCACGUGACGGCAAGUCAUUUAUUUUGAAGAAUGUCAACGAGCUUAAAGAAUACAGAAGAACAAUCUUAGAUUAUGUGUGCAGUCGUGGUGCUACUCCACCACCUCCUACCACCAUGGGAACAGCACUAGCGAAAACAACAGCAUCGGCCACAACGUCACCCUCAGUUGCCCAUGUAGUGAUCACCACCACGUCCCAGAACAAAGGUGAAAAAUGGGAUGUUGUGUUCCUUGUGGAAGACUCUGAUAAGGUUGGGGAAGAUAAUUUUAACAGGACCAAAGAAUUUAUGAUAAAAACUGUUGAAAAGUUCCAAGUAAAAGAGGGAACCACACAUGUAUCUGUCGUCCAGUACUCUGAUAAAAUAAAUGAUGAGUUUACUUUCAUUAGCUCUCAGAAAAACUGGGAAGUGAUUGAAAGAAUAAAACAAAUGCGGUAUCAUGGAGGAGAGCACACCAAUACUGGCAAUGCUCUAAUGCAUGUCAUUGAAGAAACAUUAACCAUGCAGAAUGGUGCAAGGGAGGAAGCACCUGACUUAGUGUUUAUGAUAACUAGCAACCCCCCAUCAGACAGUAUCACAAAUCCAAUAAAAACUGUCAAAGACAGGGAUGUAGACUUAAUACCAAUUGUUAUUGGCCCUGACAUUGAUAUAGCUGAGUUCCCGCUGCCCGUUGUGCAAACUACCUAUGAAAAUAUUACUAAUAUAGUUGAUACGGUUUAUGAAACCUGUUGCCAACCAACCAUUGGUAAAACAGUUCCUACCACUUUGACCACUGCCACAACACUGCUGCCAUCAGUUCCGUGUACUGAACCAAUGGAUGUUGCCAUACUCCUCGAUGGCAGUGACAAUGUUGGAGAGACACAAUUUGAAGAAAUGAAAACAUUUGUGAAAACCUUUGUUGGCAAAAUCCAAACAGGAACAGAUGCCACCCAUAUCUCUGUCCUACAGUAUGGAAGGACCAACACCCAGGAAAUUUCUUUUGACGAAAACCAGGAAAAGGAAAAUCUCUUAGACUUGAUUGACCAAAUUCAGCAAAGGGAACCAGGACCAAGUCAACUAGGAUCAGCACUCUCCUUCACUAUACAGAAUAUGGUAAUGGAAGCAAAAGGGGCAAGAGUUGGUAUGCCAAAGAUUGUUGUGGUGAUAGUAACUGACACCUCUAAGGACGAUGUUGGUAGGGCAGCACAGGAAGCAGUGAUAACAGGUGUAACAGUGAUUCCAAUAGGAAUAGGUCAAAAACUUGAUGAGAGAGAGCUUUUAACUGUAGCUGGGCAUAAUCCAAAUCAUGUCCUUCACCUGGGUAAGAUGGAUGCUCUUCCCAUCAUGAUGACACUUAGUGAUGAGUUUAUAGAAAAAGUCUGUACAGCAACUUCACCUCAGGAAUGCAUUGAUGACGAGGGGAAUCGGCGACAGGCAGGAGACAAAUGGAUGUUGGCUGAUAAUUGUCACAGUUUCGAGUGUAAAGCAAACGGAGAAGUCCUUUCCACGAAUCAUAAAAUAAACUGUGACAAGCUACGCAAACCCACCUGCAGCAACAAUCUUCCCAGCGUCAAAAUUGAGGAAAAGUGUGGCUGUCGGUAUGCAUGUCCCUGUGUAUGUACAGUGACUGCAAAAACACAGUUCUCUACUUUUGAUGGACACUGGUUCUCAUUGACUGGGAAAUGCUCUUACUUGUUAUUAGAAGUUGACAAUCAAGAAACAAAAAUCAUCAUUCAUAAGGGCCCCUGUCACUCAAACUCCAAUGAAAACUGCAUUAAAGCCAUUGAAAUAAAGCAGAACAACAUUGCAACCCUCCUACAUGAUGAUAUGACAGUUUCAGUUAAUGGAAAAUUUGUCUCUCUGCCUUUAACUGUCGUGAAUAUGGAUGUCAUUGACCAUGGGUCCAGCAGUUUUGUAGCAAAUAUCCCAGAUUUGGGAAUAGUUCUUGUUUAUAGUCCAUUGAACAACCUUUUUAGCCUUUGGGUUUCUCCCACACUGUUCCUUGCCAGAGUAUCUGGACUUUGUGGAAAAUGUGACAACAAUCCUUUCAAUGAUUUUGAACUCCAGGAUGGUUCUAUUGUUAACAACAGUCUUACAUUUAUAAAGGAUUGGACUCUGAAAGAAUCAUUAUCGAAGAGUUGCAUUGAAGAAGUGCUAGAGGCACCCUUGGAAUGUAAAUUGACUGGGGAUGAGUGCAGUAUUUUGCAUUCGGCAAUAUUUGAUGAAUGCAGGAAUGUAGUUGAUGUGCAACCGUAUCUCAGACUAUGUAAACAGAAGGCCUGUAACAAAAGUGAUACAUGUGACUCCAUUUCAGCAUACAGCUUCCAAUGCAAACUUAUGGGUGUCUGUGUCAAGUGGAGGUCAAAUGAUUUUUGCUCCAUCCAGUGCCCUAACUCCCUUGCAUAUGAGCCGUGUGGGAUAAAUUGCAUCCAGCAUUGCGAUAGCAUUAUGAGAAAGAACUCUACACAUUGUCUAACUUCUCCAACUGAAGGCUGCUUCUGUCCAGAAGGGAAGGUGCUGUUGGAAGGAAAAUGUGUCACCCCUGAUAUCUGCAGUCAAUGUAUUGAUGAUCAACAAGUUCCUCAUCAGCAUUUGGAUACUUGGAUACCACAUGACCAACCUUGCCAGCUCUGCAUGUGCUUAGACAACAGGCAGAUCAACUGUACAAACAGGCCGUGUCCCACUGUCACAGCUCCAAAGUGUGGACCGUGUGAAAAACCAGCAUUACGACGGAACAUUGAUGAGUGCUGCCCACAGUAUGUUUGUGAUUGUGACUUGCUUAGCUGUGAUCUGCCAAUUACCCCAACAUGUGAAGAUGGAAGUUAUCUAUCUUUGAAAAACCCAGGCGAAUGCAAACCAAUUUAUGAAUGUGUCUGCGAUAGGAGCCAAUGUGAAGACAAGCCUAUAUCAUGCCCAUCUCACCGAGCACUGACUGUUGUAAAGACGCAAUGUUGUGACAAAUACGAAUGUGCUUGCAGUUGUAGCAAUGAGAUAGUGAGCUGUCCUGCUGGAUAUUCAGUCAAAUCAGUGAUAAAUGACUGCAACUGCACCACAUCCUAUUGUGAACCUAAUGAGGUUUGUGUUCACAACGGUGUUGUCUACUUGACUGGAAAGAUCUGGGAGGAGUCCUGCCAAAAAUGUUCCUGCACUGACAGAAAGAACACUGUCACAGGACUUCAUGAAGUGGAGUGUGUUCCUAAAACAUGCAAUAAAAAUUGUCCAACUGGGCAGACCUACAGAGAUAUGGAAGGAUCGUGCUGUGGAAAAUGCAAGCGUACGGUCUGUGAAGUAGAUGUUUUCAGCAGAGGUGAUGCAAAUCCACAAAAAAUUGUCUAUCAAGCUGGUGAACAAUGGCCAUCCCCAGACAAUCCAUGUAUCACACUGGAAUGCUUAGAGCUCAACGGGGAAGUAAUUGUGCAUGAAAAAAACAAGUCAUGUACCCACAUUGAUGUACCCACAUGCCCUCUUGGCUAUGAGCUGAAGUGUAACAGAGUCAUAAAUUGUUGUCCAAUGUGCCAAUGUGUUGCAGGAAACGUUUGCGUCCUGAAUGGAACCAGCGUUGGGGCCGGAGACACUUUGAAGAUAGAUGACUGCACUGACUGCCGUUGCUCAAAAGAAGCAGAUAGAUUGACAAAUACACACUCACUUCAGUGUGUCACCAAACGUUGCAGAAAUUGUCCUGAUGGAUACACAAUGAAGAAGGAAAAAGGUUCUUGUUGUGGAAUAUGCCAGGCCACAAGGUGCAUUAUCCAUCUGGCAAAUGGGACGGUGGUCAUGUUAAAGGCAGAUGAAAGUAUUCAAGAUGACUGUGACUCAUUCAGAUGUAAAGUAAAUGAAAAUGGAGAGAUUUCCACAGAGAAGCGAACAGUCCAGUGUACUCCAUUUGACAAAGAAGAAUGUAAAGCUGGAGGGGGUGAAAUUGUCCGUGUGGAUAGUUCCUGUUGCUUCUCCUGCAAGUACAAGUCACAGCAGUGCAAAAAGAUAACAGGAAUAAUUAAACACAUUAGGAUUGAUGACUGUGUAAUUGAAGGAGAAGUUAACAUGCAUUACUGUGAGGGACGCUGUCCAAGCAAAUCAGCCUACUCCUUGCAGAAGGAUGGCGUGCAGAAUGAAUGUACUUGCUGCUCAGCAACAGCAUCAACACCCCUGCUAGUGCCACUGCGAUGUCUGAAUGGGACCGUGCUACAACACAAAGUAAUUGACAUGCAAGAAUGUGCGUGUGUUGCUCAUAAAUGUGAAUGAAUAAAAAUAUGAAAGAUGGUAACUGGACUUACCAUUUUAUCAAGAACUGGCAUUACUUCAAGUUCAUUAUUGAUUUCUCAAUGGACCAGUCAUUUCACAAAUAAUAAUGUCUGACCUAGCGUUAUUUCUUAUCAUGAACCCACUCCUUGUAAAUGUGAUUAAUUGCAAAAUCUCAAUUUAUUGCUGUAUUAACAACUAUGAACCUGUCUUACUGACCAUAUUAAAUGUAAUGUUUUGAAUUUAUUCAAAGGAAAAUAAAAAUUUUCAUCAGUUGAGUUGAACCAUAAA